AUGCAGGGCUCAGCCAGCGCUGGGCCCCGGGACGUGGGGCCGCCCUGCCCUGCUUUGGGGGACACGGGGCUGCCAGGUUCCCCCUUCCCUCAUCUCCCGCUCAGCAGGCCGGAGAAGCCCCUGGCCACCCUUGGACCGCCUGGGCCCCUGGGCCGUGUCCUCCACCUGCGGUUCUUGCUCUUGCUUUAUCUGAAGCUGGAAUGUGAGAAACUGGCCAGUGAGAAGACGGAGAUGCAGAGGCACUAUGUCAUGUAUUAUGAAAUGUCCUAUGGGUUGAAUAUAGAAAUGCACAAGCAGGCAGAGAUUGUCAAGAGGCUGAAUGCUAUCUGUGCACAAGUCAUUCCUUUCCUGUCCCAAGAGCACCAGCAACAAGUGGUGCAGGCUGUGGAGCGGGCCAAGCAGGUGACCAUGGCAGAACUGAACGCCAUCAUUGGGCAGCAACAACUCCAGGCUCAGCAUUUAUCACAUGGCCAUGGUCUGCCGGUGCCCCUGACGCCACACCCUUCGGGACUCCAGCCCCCUGCCAUCCCCCCGAUUGGAAGCAGCGCUGGACUGCUGGCCCUCUCCAGCGCUCUGGGCGCUCAGUCUCACCUUCCAAUUAAAGAUGAGAAGAAGCACCAUGACAAUGAUCACCAAAGAGACCGAGACUCCAUCAAGAGCUCUUCGGUAUCCCCAUCGGCCAGCUUCCGAGGUGCUGAGAAGCACAGGAACUCCUCCGACUACUCCUCAGAGAGCAAGAAGCAGAAAACUGAGGAGAAGGAAAUUGCAGCACGUUACGACAGUGACGGCGAGAAGAGUGAUGACAACUUGGUGGUGGACGUCUCCAACGAGGACCCCUCCUCCCCGCGCGGGAGCCCAGCGCACUCCCCACGAGAGAAUGGCCUGGACAAGACCCGCUUGCUCAAGAAGGACGCCCCCAUCAGCCCCGCCUCCAUCGCCUCUUCCAGCAGUACUCCUUCCUCCAAAUCCAAAGAACUUAGCCUUAAUGAAAAAUCUACUACUCCUGUUUCAAAGUCCAGUACCCCUACUCCACGCACAGAUGCGCCUACCCCAGGCAGUAACUCCACCCCAGGAUUGAGGCCUGGACCAGGAAAACCACCAGGAGUGGAUCCCUUGGCGUCCAGCUUAAGGACUCCAAUGGCCGUACCCUGUCCAUACCCCACCCCGUUUGGGAUUGUUCCUCAUGCUGGCAUGAAUGGGGAGCUGACCAGCCCAGGAGCUGCCUACGCAGGGCUGCACAACAUCUCCCCGCAGAUGAGCGCGGCCGCCGCCGCUGCCGCCGCCGCCGCCGCCUACGGACGCUCCCCCGUGGUGGGAUUUGAUCCACACCACCAUAUGCGUGUGCCAGCGAUACCGCCAAACCUGACCGGCAUUCCUGGAGGAAAACCAGCAUACUCCUUCCACGUCAGUGCAGAAGGCCAGAUGCAGCCUGUCCCCUUCCCCCCCGACGCCCUCAUCGGACCCGGAAUCCCACGGCACGCCCGGCAGAUCAACACGCUCAACCACGGGGAGGUGGUGUGCGCCGUGACCAUCAGUAACCCCACGAGGCACGUGUACACGGGCGGCAAGGGCUGCGUCAAGGUCUGGGACAUCAGCCACCCUGGCAACAAGAGCCCCGUGUCCCAGCUGGACUGUCUGAACAGGGAUAACUACAUCCGUUCCUGCAGAUUGCUCCCGGAUGGCCGGACGCUCAUUGUGGGCGGGGAAGCCAGCACCCUGUCCAUCUGGGACUUGGCGGCUCCAACCCCACGCAUCAAGGCGGAGCUGACGUCUUCGGCCCCCGCCUGCUACGCCCUGGCCAUCAGCCCCGACUCCAAGGUCUGCUUCUCCUGCUGCAGCGACGGCAACAUCGCCGUGUGGGACCUGCACAACCAGACGCUGGUGAGGCAAUUUCAGGGCCACACAGAUGGCGCCAGCUGCAUUGACAUUUCCAACGAUGGCACCAAGCUCUGGACGGGGGGUUUGGACAACACGGUCCGGUCCUGGGACCUGCGCGAGGGCCGGCAGCUGCAGCAGCACGACUUCACCUCCCAGAUCUUUUCCCUGGGCUACUGCCCGACUGGAGAGUGGCUUGCGGUGGGGAUGGAGAACAGCAAUGUGGAGGUGCUGCACGUCACCAAGCCCGACAAAUACCAGCUGCAUCUUCACGAGAGCUGCGUGCUGUCGCUCAAGUUCGCCCACUGUGGCAAGUGGUUUGUGAGCACGGGAAAGGACAACCUUCUGAACGCGUGGAGGACACCUUACGGGGCCAGUAUAUUCCAGUCCAAAGAAUCCUCGUCGGUGCUUAGCUGCGACAUCUCUGUGGAUGACAAAUACAUCGUCACCGGCUCCGGGGACAAGAAGGCCACGGUCUAUGAAGUUAUUUAUUAAGGACAAAUCUUCAUGCAAACUGGACUCCUUGUAGCACUUUGCUCUGUCAUCCUUUUUUUGUUGAAACCACCCCACCCCCACCCCUGCAUCUAAAACCAAGGAUUUCCAAAUAUUCAUUGCAGUUGUGGAGAUUAAUCCUUCUCUCUAACCCGUUCCCUCCUUGCUAUUGAAUUGUGAAUACUCAUUAAGAACCUGUGAUACCAAAUCUUCAGCUAUCUACUUGGAAGAACAUGGAAUAAGCAUACUUAACAGUGAAUGGAAUCUUUAAUUAUGUAUUAUAUCUGUAAUAUAUUUAUUUUGUUUAAAGAAGGCUUUCUAACAAUGACUGACUAAAUAAAGCUGUCUGCUCCUGCAUUGAUGAUGAAGGUGCAUUGUAUUUGAUACCCCUCCCCCCCUUUUUUUGCUAAAGGAGGGGAAAGGAAGGCUUAAAAUAGCUGAUUUAAAAUAGUCGCUAAAUGUAGACUAUUGACUGUAUAGAGAAGUGAAAUGUAUAAUUACACAUGGAAGCAAUAUGUUGCUGUGUUGUUAUUAGGAUUUUGUUUCGGUUUCUGUUUUGGGUUUCCACUUCUUCUGAAGUCGUUCCAAAAUUUGGCUGAACAAUUUCAACUUGACCAGCCAAGACAUACUCAUUCGAGUCUGUUUUGGACAACUUUAACAAAUAGAUCUCUAGCUUUAGAUUAUACUCGAUAAAAGGAAUUGGAUGCUUCUUUUUUCCUCUUUUUAUUUUUUGACCUGUUGACAAGUGUCUGUAAUAUGUUUUUAAUUCCCUUUUUUUUAUUGUAUUAUAGACAGACGAACAAAUUAAAUUGGGCCUCAAAGAGAGAACUUAAUCCCUUCUGGUUAUUUUUGCCACGUUAUUUUGCAGAGGGAGUUGUGUAUCUUGGGGCAGUUUUGUUCUGAGGAAUUAUGGGCUAUUUUGUGGCAUGCUCUUGGGGAGCUGCACCAAUAGGGAAAGGACUCCCGCCGCUGAGCAAGUCAAGCCUUGCACAAAACAAGGACUGCAGGGGAGGGCCUGCGGAGGCCUCCCUCUGAAAGACACAAAAGAGCGGAGCGUGACUCUGCCAGGAUGAGGACUGGCUUUCGUACCUCCGGUUCUUUCCAUGUUGUAGUUGGAUGUCCCUGAAAUGGACGCAGGCUGUGCCAUUGUGCCAGAGACAUUGUGUUUUCUUUUAUGUUGUUGUUGUUGCUGUUAAACUAUAAUAUGUGACUCCUUUUUUUUUAUUAUUAUGUUUUGUUUGAAUGCUUUAAAAAAAUCUUUUUAAGUCUGUGGAUCUGCUGAUGUACAGUGCCUUUGCUGCUAUGGAUGAACAUCAAAAGAACCGUGUAGAUAAACUUUAUUGUGUAAGUAGAAAAUGACUUAAUUUCAUACUAGACAUGGGUGGCUGCUGCAAGCUGAAGUGGGCGUGUCCAUUGGCGUUCCUAAUGUGGUAGCAGAAAACAAAAUGGUGUCUUAAGUGCUUAGUGUUUGAUGUCAUUAACAGUUUCGUAAAACUCUACAGUGUAGAAAGAUUUUGAUACUAAACUGUGCAUUGUACAUAGUUCUAAUGCAUUGUAUUGACCACCAGUGCUUCUAUAACAGUAGAUUGUUUGUGCAUUCAGACUUUUAAGCAUUAAACACAAAUAACUUCUA